CCAGCCAGACGUUAUCACAGCAGAUCGGAACCGACCGACAAUAUGUAUAACAGACUGACUCUUUCGGUGUACGGAUCUAGCUGAGACCACUAUCACAACAUUUAUUAUAAAGUUUGUAAAGUUCAGUCAUACACUUGAGAGACUAUAAUACUGUGGGGAAACUGUUCUCACCCUAUUUAAGAAGACUGAAUUAAUUAAAAUCCUCACUAGUUUUUAGCUUGUGCCAUGGCAUCGGAACGGGACAUUUCUAAGCGCGUUGAGAGUUGUUCUUCUUUCGAAUUUCAGUUGAGAGACAUCAAUACAGCGUAUGGGAGGAACAAAUUCGAUGAAAAUCACAACAAAGAGGGUAUAAUAAAUCUUGCGACUGCAUACAACGACGCAGUCCGAGAUCUCAUCACUGAAAAGUUGAACCAGCCAGACUUCAUGACGUGGGACUCAACGAUGCUACCAUAUGGGGAUCGCAAUGGUAGUCUCCGCCUCCGGAAAGCCUUAUCUGGGUUCUUAUCCAGCUGCAGUGGUCAGAAAGCUCCAGAAACUCUCGAUCCGGAUAAGUUCAUAGUUCUGAAUGGAGUGACGUCUGCACUGAGUGCGAUGGCUUACGUAUUAUGUGACAAAGGAGACACCAUUUUGACUCCUGCUCCCAUGUAUGGAGCUAUACCACGUGACCUUCUGUUCCAGUAUGGAGCGAAGACCUUUCCAGUGUAUCUUAGCAGCAAGGCAGAACUAGAUGGAAGAGAACCGUUUGAACUGACUGUUCCUCUUCUUGAGUCAGCGUUGGAGAAAGCAAAACAGGAGGGACAUAACGUCAGGGCUCUUUUCCUGGUCAAUCCUGCCAAUCCGAAUGGAACCGUGUACACCAAACGACAAGUUUUGGAAUACCUCACAUUUUGUAAAAGGCAUGAUCUACAUUGCGUGAUUGAUGAGAUCUAUGCUGCUAGUAUCUUUGAAGAGUCUGUAGAGAGUUCCAGUAUAUUCACCUGGCAUUCAGAUGAGCUACCGGACAAGACAAAGACACAUGUCAUAUGGGGAAUGGCAAAGGAUUUUGGAAUGCCAGGUUGUCCACUCGGAGUCGUUUAUACGUUAAAUCCUCGAGUUUUAGCUGGCCUAGGACUUGUAAUUGAAUUCUCCCAGGUUCCAAUUUUCAUCCAAAUAGCUGUGGCAAAAUUACUUGAGGACAAAGAAUGGUUGAAGAUGUACCUUCCAACUCACAAUAAGAUGUUGAUGGAAUCGGCAACUAUCGUAAUGGAAACUCUGAAAGAGCUUGAUGUGCCAUUUGUGAAACCCAGUGCAGGGUUAUUCAUUUGGGCUGACUUUAGAAAGAUCAUCAGGAGUGCAAGCAAAGAAUCCGAAAAGCAGUUUGCCAUUCACUGUCUUAAUCACGGUCUCGCCAUCGCACCAGGGGCGGCCUUCUAUUACAACGAAUUCGGUUGGAUUAGACUCGUCCAUGCCCUACCGAAAUACAAACUCAUCAAAGGAAUGAAGAGACUUAAAGCGGCUUGUGCAUCAUUCCACACAACAUCAAAACUGUAA